GUUCGAAGCAUGCCCAACUUCUGUACAGUUGGGCAUCUGGCUAUUGUAAACUUCCUGUCAAAAUUGUCGCUUCACCACGAUAUUGAGUACCUACAUUGAAUAUAUCAUAUUAUUUCGAGAUAUCUAAGAGACCAUCGACUUACAGAUCGAGCUUUUACCAUCAAUAUGGCGGCAGAUAAGGUGUCUCGGCCAACUAGCAGAGACGAAUUCGAGAUUGCAAUCGUCUGUACAAGGGCGCUCGAAUAUGAUGCUAUCUGUUUACUGUUAGACGGUUUUUGGGACAUAGAUGGUGACCCAUUCGGCAGAGCCCGGGGUGAUCUCAAUACCUACACCACAGGAUACAUGGGCAAAUAUAACAUAGUUGUGGUGCUCCUCUGCAAUUCAGGCAAAGCCAACUCAGCGAGUACAUCAGCUAGUCUUCGAUCUAGUUAUCCUCGCAUUGAACUCCUGCUUCUUACCGGAAUAUGCGAGGGUGUCCCAGAUGCAAAUGGGGAAGAAUUGCUGCUUGGCGACGUAGUCAUCAGCGAAACAGUCGUCCAAUAUGAUCUCAACAGCCUGUUUAAUGAUGCACUAAAGAGGAGAAACACUCUUGAGGAUCGUCAAGGGCGCGCAAAUAACAAUAUUCGAAAGUUUAUCGCGAAUUUUAAAACCGAGAUGGGACUCCAGCGCCUAGAAGAGAAAGCAACAUUGCAUCUAGAGCAGAUCCAGAGUCUUGUUUCGGAGGCAAAGUAUCGACAAAGACGCAAAGGGGCAACCUACAUUUACCCUGGUUUUGAAACCGAUAUUCUCUUCGAGUCAACUCAUUGCCACAGACAUUACAAUUCAUCACAAUGUGUGUGUGCCGACUACAACCAAGAAGAAGACUUGCAUGCAGUGUGUGAUGAAGCCAGAUAUUUGGAUUGCGAACAGACUGGUUGCGAACUCAGCUCUUUGAAACACCGAGAUCGUCUACACCAAAAGCGCCUACUGGAGGAUGGUGGUAAUUUGAAGUCCGCACAGAAUCCGUCCAUAUUUUUCGGGCGUUUUGGAUCCGGCGACACGGCCUUUAACUCAGGCGUCCACCGCGACUCUCUGGCUAAAACACAUGGCAUCGUCGCUUUUGAGAUGGAGGGCGCUGGAGUCUGGGACGAGCUGCCGUGCAUCAUUGUCAAGGGUGUGAGUGACUAUGGAGAUGGACACAAGACAAGAAAAUGGGCAGAGUGGCAAAACUUUGCCGCCGCAACUGCUGCGUCGGUUGCGAGGGCUUUAAUUGAGCGCUAUCCCCAGACUGAUAAAUCGCCUGUCACGGAGCUGAAGGCCGAUGCAGUGCAUUCUCAGCUUCAAGAAAACAAAACUUGUCUCGACGCAUUAUUUAUCACAAACCCCGAGGACGAUAAGCAGCGUAUCGAAGACACAAAGGGAGGGUUGCUUCUGGAUGCAUAUAUCUGGAUCAUGCGAAACGAAGAGUUUAUGCAGUGGCUUAAUGACCCUGAAACUCGUCUACUGUGGAUUAAAGGCGAUCCGGGUAAAGGAAAGACAAUGCUACUAUGCGGCAUCAUCAACGAGCUAAAGUCGGCCAACCCUAGAGGCAACAUCUAUUAUUUCCUCUGCCAAGCAACAGACGUUCGCGUUAACAAUGCUUCGGCAAUACUACGUGGCUUGUUGCAUAUGAUGAUUGUUCAGCAACCUUCUCUUAUCUCUUACAUUAAAGACGAGUAUAACCGGUCAGGAAAGUCAGCAUUUGAAGGUACAAAUUCCUGGGUCGUCUUAUCACGGCUAUUUGAGCAGAUGCUCAGAGAUGAUUCAUUAAAUGAGUCAAUCCUCGUUAUCGAUGCGCUGGAUGAGUGUAUGGAGGAUUUAAUCCAACUUCUCGAAAUAAUGGUGAGAAACUCGUCGUCAUCAUCUCAGGUGAAAUGGCUCGUGUCCAGUCGCAAUGAGGCGGAUAUUCAAGAGGCACUUGCAGUCGCAGAGAACAAAUCAACAGUAAGCCUCGAGCUCAAUGCAGAAUCUGUCUCAACUGCGAUAGCCACCUACAUUCGACAUAAGGUACAGCUUCUAGCUGAUAAGAAGGGCUAUAAACAAUCUACAAGAGAAAGAAUCGAAAGAUACCUUGCUGAUAAUGCAAGUGGAACUUUUCUUUGGGUUGCAUUAGUAUGCGCCCUCCUUGAAAAGGUACCACGGUCCGAUCCUCUCCCAAAAGCGGCAGACUUUCCUCCAGCGCUUGAUCAACUCUAUGAACGAAUGAUAAAUAGAGUAUGUGAUUCAAGUAUAUCAGACAUUAGCAGAAGAGUUCUUGCAAUCGCUACAGUCGCCCACCGACCUCUUACCAAAGAAGAACUAGUUCCUCUAAUUAAUACGGGCCAUUAUAAUGAAAUAAUACAGCCUUCUGAGUACGACUGGGAAGACAUGCUAGGCCACUGUGGCUCCUUUUUAACUAUGAGAAGUGACACUAUAUAUUUCGUUCAUCAGUCUGCCAAAGACUUUCUCAUCAAAGAAGGAAGCCAACGGUUAUUUCCACAUGGCAUGGAAUAUGUCCACGGAGAGAUCUUCGAGGCCUCUAUUGCUGCUAUGAGAAACAUUCUAAGAAAAGAUAUAUAUAGUCUAGUUGACCCUGUAUUUUCGAUGGAUAAUCUCGCGCAGCAUACCUUGAGCAACGACCCACUCAUUCCUAUCAAAUACAGCUGCGCCUACUGGAUUGAUCAUUUUGCACAAUCUAUAUUCAAAACCAGAACAGUCACUCUUGAUUCUUUUAUGAGUCAUGAAUUGUUAUAUGCUUUUCUCAAAGAAAAGUUCAUUUACUGGCUAGAAGCUUUGAGCCUUCUCGGAGGUAUUUCCGACGGCAUAGCGGGAAUGCGACGGCUAGAGCAAUUGGUUGUUGGUUCCGGAACACCUGAGCUACUCAAGCUUGUCCGGGAUGCUUGCAAAUUCAUCCAAACGUUUGGCUGCGCCAUAGCAGACCACCCUUUGCAAGUUUACGUGUCGGCCUUGAGCUUUAGCCCAAGUCAAAGUCUUACUCGUUACCAGUUUAAGAAACAAGCUCCCAAGUGGAUUCAAGCAUUCGCCGAAGGUGAAACCGAAUGGACUCCAUCUUCAAGAAUAUAUGAUAGUAGUAAGUAUAUUUAUGGGCUCGCUGUCUCUUGCUGCGGAACGUGGAUAGCUUCUCGUCAUUUUGGGGCUACUGUAACAAUAUGGGAAACUUAUUCUGGCAAAAUAAUCCGCGAGUUGGAUGCGCUCCUAGGCGCUUCACUUACGGAGAGGGACAUGAACGACUAUUUUCAUAGUGGUGCAUUCAAUGUUUGGUUUUCUCCUUGGAAUAGCGAGGAGUUAGCAACAAGCUGUUGUGAGCGUCGGGAUUAUUCUCAAUUUGUGAUUUGGAACUUUACAACGGGUAAAGCGUUGCAACAGCUUCGAAUCAAGGACGAUGUGGUAACAUUUUCGUACCCGAGUUCAACACCUCACUUACUUUGCUUUCUCUCUAAAAAGCACAGACACUCUGAAAAUAUCGAAGAUUAUAGUAAUGACAAUGGAUUCACGGCUUCAUUCUGGAACACUAAGACAGGCGAAAUAAUCAAGAAAAUUCAGUUACAGAAAUCAAGCCCCCAGCCAAUAUUUGCCAUUUUCUCGCCCACCGACGACAGUACAAUAGCAUUGUACAGAGAGCCUCACGUUGAAAUUUUGAAUAUCGAUACUGCAAGCACCAUGCAGAUUCUUACGAAUACCAUCGGGGAUAUCGAAGGCAUGGAAUUUUCUCCAGAUGGUUCUUCUCUGGCCAUUCAUAAAUGGAUGCGUUCUACAUCAUCAUCAGAGCCAAGCAUCAACGUUGUUAUAUUGGCAGAUGCAUUAUCAGGCGAAAUUGAAUGGUCAUAUCAAAGUGAAUGGAAUCUAUUAGACGUCAGUUUCUCGCCCGAUGGGAAACUGCUAGCGAUUGGUGGUGAUCAAGGAGUUGAGCUUAUUAGCACAGUUUUCGGCAAAUGCUUGCGGAAGAUCAGAAUCAUGAGUACAUUUUUGGUUUUUUCUUCCGAUGGAAGUAAGAUGUAUAGCGCCAAUUGGUUCGCUAUCAGCGUUAUAGACACAGACCAAGAAAGCUUCGCAAGGACAGGUGCAGGCGAUAACUCUCUUGGCCAAAAGAUCAUCGAUAGACGCUCUAUAUCUCUGUCGCCAGACGGCAAACUUAUCGCGUCAGCAUUCACAAACAACCCAGUUAUAGAAGUCAUGGAAAUUGGCUCAACAAACUCCACUUAUUAUCUAAAAAUACUCGAUCCUAUUCAGGAUACAGUUCGGAAACUUCUCUUCUCUCCCGAUUCGAAAAAAUUGUUCGUUAUAUCAAGGAACGGUUUCAUAACAUGGGAUAUUUCCUCUAAGCCCGCAAAAACCCUCUCCAUGUGGAUACAUCCCUCCAAUUUGGAGUUUUGUAUGUCUAGUCUUGUGCUUUCAUUAGACGCCAAGCGCAUAGCUAGCACACUCAUCAUAAGCGGUACCUCCGACCUCUCGUACGUUCAGGUAUGGGACAUAGGCUCGGAAAAUUGUCUGCUGGAUUUGCAAACGAGAGGGAAGGAAUCUGAUGUUUUACAGCUUCGCUUUUCACCGGACAAUAGACAACUUGCAAUAUCAUACAGCGAUAGAGAUUUCGGAAUCAAAGUCGAAAUAUGGGACAUUGCCUCAUAUUCAGCCACUCAAGCAAUAAACUUGAGCUGGCACGAUCUGCAUGGUAAUUUCCAAAUUUCAAAUACUGGCCCAGGGCCUUGGAAUCCGCCCGAUGAGGGAGGUCAGGAAGAUGAAGAGACGCCAGAGGAAGUGAAAGAGGAGGUACCAAGGAACAAAGAAGGAGACGUGAUUGCGCAAGCCAUGUUCUAUAUCGCAGAGUUAUAUUUCAUUUGUCACGACCCAGCUCUUAUGGUCGCGACAAGGGGCCUACAGGGUAGGCACUCCCGGAUUAACGUCGGGCCGCGCAGCCAAUCAGGAAGCGGUCGACGGGAAUCAACGUCGAUUCCAAUCGACGCAGGAACGAAUUAAUUAAGAUCAUAAGCGAUUCCACUCGACUCCAGAAUACACAACUGGAUAUAUAAGUUUACUUCAUGUCACUUAUUAAAAUACUUAGAUAGCCAGUUGUUAUCACAGCGUUUACAAUACAAUUAGAUUGGAA